AUGGCUCAAACGAUAGCUCUAUUAGGGCAUGAUGAAGAGGGUACCAGUGAUUCGACGAGGAUGCAUGAAGCGUGGACAAUCUGCUUCACAGGUCGCAAGCGAUGUGGCCGCUUUUCGGCUCUUGACGAUUUCUUGCUUAAUAGGGUAUCAAAGUUGCAGCAAAGGGUCACUCAUCCUUCAACUGAACACCAGACUGAAAGCCAUGGAACACAAUCAAGCACCAGGACUGCAUGUGGCACCAUUCAUACAAACCUAUCCUUGAACAAAACCAGCGAACAUCUCCAUCCGCACGUCGUGAACAUUGGAUCACAAUCCAACAGUAGGACUGCGUUAGGAACCAUUGACACAAACGUACACCCGAAGAAAAUCACCGAAACUCCACAUCUGGACGUCAUAGAAAUUGAAGAUAUUAUUCGCAAGUACAGAGGGCCAAGCAUACAAACAAUUCUUGGUGGCAGGAGUCAAGGGAGUCCCAACACGUCAUCCAUACAGGCUGUUUCAAAGUGUUGUUGUGCAGAGUCUAAGAAGCGUGGACGAGGUCCUGGCGUCAACAAAAUGUUUACCUCUUUGCAGAAAGAGAACCAACCACCAAAAGAUAAUCCUCAAGGUACUAAGCGUAGAGGGAGAGGACUUGGAGUUAAGACGCUAGCAAAGCAAAGGCUUGGACAAGAGUCCCAGUUGACACCCAAAGACGAAAAUCCGGGUAAUGCAGGAUCGGUGACUCCAGGCAGCACAAUCACCUUCCAGAGCACAAAAGGGUUUUGCCAAUCGUCUUACAUGAGUCGAUACAGCUCAAAUACUAAUCACAACACAGAAGGAGGUGAACUGUCAAAAGCUACUCCGACUUUCUCAUUGUGUUGCAAAAAUGGUCAGGUUGUACUACCUCGGGAGGAACAGCCACCAGAACCUUUAGCAUCCCUACUCCAAGGCAGUCCAAAGUCAAAACAUUUCCGACAAAAUAUAAGGGUAUACAAUUGCAUGUUUGCAAUGUGUUCCAGUGGUGGCAAGAUAGAUCAUAAAAUAAACAGGGGUGGUGCUCCAUUUUGUGUCAAAAUAAGGGGCCAGAACCUGCAUUUCAUUGGCAAACUUUUACCGGAGGAUGGUGGCAAACCAAAAUUCUGUAAACUUUAUAUAUAUGACACCGACAAUGAAAUGGAAAAUCGAAUUGGAGCUGUUGGUUCGAAACCAGAUGAGGUAGAUAGGGAAAUUGUGGAAGGUCUUACAAGAAUGCUUGAUGAGAAUAACAAAUUGGUUCAAUAUUUCCGAACUGCUCGCGAAGAGGUGAAGAACGGUCAGCAAGAGGAGUUCAAGCUAAUUCUAAUCUCAUCCCAGGCCGAAAAUGGUCGGCCAAAUAUCAUAGGACCAUCAAAUGAAGUCGCAGGUCUUAUAGUAAAUGCCAGUGCUAACACAGCUGGAUGCAGAGACACAGUGUGCCAGACCAGACAAGGAUAUCUCAAGAGAGUAUUCGAGACAUAUCCCUUCUUUAUGCAAUUGUUGUUUCCAUUAUUGUUUCCACGAGGGGAGGACGAAUAUCAUACCAAAAUCCCAUUGAGACUGCUUAACAUGAGUAAUGUGCAGAUGGACGAUGAUGCUGAUUUUGACGGCCAGAGAAAGAUCAGAGAGCAUGUUUCUAUGAAAGAAUAUUAUUCCUCUAAACUGAUGAUACGAAUAAACGAAGGUUUGACACCACAUCUCGGAGGUAGGUUAUGGCAGCAAUAUGUUGUGGACGCAUUUACAGCAAUGGAGCAAUAUCGAUUGGAUUGCAUUUCUAGAAAUCAGACAACAAUUAGAUCUGAUCAUUAUACAUCCGUUCGCGAUGCAGUACGUAGGGGAGACAAUGAUCCAUCACACGUUGGUAAAUGCACUAUUCUUCCUGCAUCAUUCACAGGCUCCAAGCGCUACAUGUCUCAAUAUUUCAAAGAUUCCUUAGCUUUGUGCCGUAGUAUUGGCCACCCUUCUUUAUUCUUAACAAUGACGACCAAUACAAAAUGGCCUGAGAUACAAGAGAUGAUGAAGCAUCUGCCUGGCGUGGAUGUUGCCGAUGCACCUGAUGUCAUUGCACGUGUAUUUAAACUGAAACUUGACCAAUUAAUAGACCUCAUUAAGAAGAAACAUUAUUUUGGAUUAAUGCAUUUCAUUGAGUUUCGGAAGCGUGGCUUGCCUCACGCUCAUAUGUUAGUGUGGCUUAGUGAUAAAGAUAAACCAAAGACGGCUGACCAAAUUGAUAAGUUAGUAAGUGCCGAGAUUCCUAAUGAAGAGGAGGACAGUAUUGGGUAUCAUGCAGUGAAAAACUACAUGAUCCAUGGUCCUUGCAGUAAAGACCGAUCUUAUUCUGCAUGCAUGGUUAAAGGUAGAUGUGGACGUCAUUUUCCCAAAAGGUACAGCGGAGUUACGUGUUUUGAUGAAAGCGGAUUUCCCAUUUAUCGGCGUAGGAAUACCGGACGAACCGUGCUCAGAAAAGGUGUGCUUCUUGACAAUAAGUUCGUUGUUCCAUAUAACCGGGAAUUAUUGAUCCGGUUCCAAUGCCGUAUUAAUCUGGAGAUAUGCAAUAAUUCCCGGUCAUUGAAGUACCUAUUUAAGUAUUGUCUAAAGGGACACGACACCGCCACUAUGCUGCUUAAGCGGAAGAACGAUAACACUGCAACAAAUGAAGUACUGCCUUCCAAAAAUAAGGUCGUAGACGAAGUUCAGCAUUAUCUUGACGGCCGAUAUGUAUGCGCUUCUGAAGCUGCUUGGAGAAUACUCGGAUUUGAUAUUCACUCUCGAUGGCCAACAGUCGAUCGUCUACCAAUACAUCUUUCAGAAAGCAAGUAUGUGUGCUUCAAGACCGGAGAAUCCUUGGAGAAUGUAUGCCAACGUGCUGAUUAUAAGAGAAGCAAGCUUGAGGCUUGGUUAAUUGCAAACAAAACUCUUCCGAAUGCCAGGAACUACACUUAUGCAGAAUUCCCUUCGUUCUUCACAUGGUUGCCAAAGGAGUGCAAAUGGAAGGCCAGGCAGAGAGGUGAUGUCGUCGGAAGGUUAUCCGAGGUUCAUUCAACUGCCGGUGAUUUACUCUACCUUAGAAUGCUGUUGCUACGUAAAAAGGGAUGCACAAAAUUUCAGGACCUUCGCACGGUUGAUGGAGUGUUGUACGGGACAUUCAAAGAGGCGUGUGGUGCAAUGGGUCUGUUGCAGAACGACAAGCAAUGGCAUGAUGCACUUAAAGAAAAUGCACACUCUGCCUUUCCUCACCAGCUUAGGGAGAUAUUUGUCAAUAUCCUCGCAUACAGUGCUGUAGCCGAUCCUCUGUGUUUAUGGCAGUGUCACUGGGAAUGCAUGUCAGAAGACAUACUUACCAGCCGCAGAAACUGUACAGGAAAUCCUGAUCUGGAGCUGACACAGGAAGAUAUUCAGAAUUUCACACUUGCAGAGAUUGAAAAGCUUUUUAAUGACAUUGGCAAGAGCUUAAAGGACUUUCCUUAUCUACCAUUUCCAACCUCUAUCUACAUGGCAGCUGACAUGAACCGGUUGAUUCUCGAAGAAACGUCUUAUAAUGUAGCCGAAAUGAAAGAGAAGCACGACAUUAAUUAUAAGAAAUUAAACGCCGAGCAGAAGGACGUGUACAAAGCAGUCAUAGAUUCAGUUGACGCAAAAAAGGGUGGUCUGUUUUUUGUACAUGGCAGUGGAGGUUGUGGUAAAACAUUCCUAUGGCAAACUAUUAUUUCAUUCCUUCGCUCGAAACGGAAAAUUGUGCUCCCAGUUGCAUCAUCAGAUGGAAUAAAACACGGUACAAAUAUUGCGGAAUUACUGUGGUCAACCGAUUUAAUUAUUUGGGAUGAGGCUCCGAUGCAACACCGCUAUGCCUUUGAAUGUGUUGAUCGUAGUUUGCGAGACAUCAUGGCUGCUGUCGAUCCUGAUAGAGCCAACAAGCCUUUCGGAGGCAUAACCGUGGUAUUUGGUGGAGACUUUCGUCAAAUUUUACCUUUUAUUCCCAAAGCUGGUCGUCUGGAGAUUGUUGGAGCUACUCUAAACAAUUCUCCAUUGUGGGAACACUGCCAGGUUUUCAUACUAUGGCGUAACAUGCGUCUACACCAUGGCAACACUGAUGAGCAGAACAGUUUGAUAAGGGACUUCAGUGAGUGGCAGCUAAAAGUUGGAGAUGGUAAGGUCGAGCCGAUCAGCAAAAAGGAUCACCUUUCUGAGGUCUUAUUCAAACUACCUGGACAGCAUGUUCAACACUCCGAGGAAACACCAAUACAAGAUUUGAUUGACGUUGUUUAUCCGGACUUUUUGAAUAACAUAGGGUCUCCUCAGUACUUCAGUUCACGCGCCAUCCUAACACCGACAAAUGUUGUGGUUGAUGACAUAAAUUAUGCCAUUCUUGACCAAUUACCAGGACAGACUCACACAUUCUUUAGCCAGGACUCAUUAGAAGAUCAAGGCGCCGAGGAAAAUGACUUUGACGAGUCAUUCCCCGUUGAGUAUCUAAACUCCCUAAACAUGCCUUGCAUUCCCAAACACGAGCUAAAGCUCAAUAUUGGUACUCCUGUUAUGCUGAUGAGGAAUUUAAAUCAAAUAAAUGGACUAUGCAAUGGAACUCGGAUGAUAGUUACUGGUUGCAAAAAAAAUAGCAUUGAGUGCCAAAUAAUGUGUGGUUCAAAGGCGGGAUCUAAGCACCUAAUUCUAAGGAUAGAAAUGAUCCCAACGGAGACACCGUGGCCUUUCGAUUUCAAGCGAACUCAAUUCCCUCUUCAGAUAUGUUUUGCUAUGACGAUAAAUAAGAGCCAGGGGCAGUCACUUGAUACCGUAGGUCUAUUCUUGCCUAGACCUGUAUUUUGUCACGGUCAGUUGUAUGUGGCUAUUUCGCGUGUUACUUCUGCAGCAGGUCUUCACAUCUUAGUCAUUGGUGAUGAUGGAAGAUCAAGUGAAAGUACAAAUAAUGUAGUUUUUGAGGAAGUUUUUUACAACAUACCACAUGUUGUUCGAAAUUAG